AUGCGUGUGGCCUCUUUCCUGUUGUCCCUAGUGGGCUCUGCGUCCGCGGCUGCUGUCACCGCCGACUCUCUGGCCGUUAAAACCUCCCCGUCUGUCGGAGCUGGAUGCAAGGCGCUGCAGAAGCCUCUGGGUGAUGCCGUGUUCCUUCCCAAGACCAAUGUCUAUGACUACGAGGCUCAGAACUUCUGGUCGAACACUGAGAUCAUGGCUCCAGGAUGUGUCUUCCGUCCCAAGUCCAGCGAAGAGCUGGCUACGGGUCUGAAGGCGCUUGUUGCCGCUAAUGCGGAGUUUGCUUUGCGUGGUGGCGGCCACAUGGGUAUCCGGGGCUCUAACAAUAUCGAUGGUGGUGUCUUGGUUGUUAUGUCGAACUUGACUACCUUGGAGUUGAACCACGAUAAGUCGAUCGUGUCGGUCGGCCCUGCCUACCGCUGGAAGGAUGUGUAUGCCUACCUCGGCAAGUACAAUUUGACUGCCGCAGGUGGCCGUCUCGGUCCCGUUGGUGUCCCCGGUCUGCUUCUCGCCGGAGGUGUCAACUUCUACGGUAACCAGGUUGGCUUUGCUUGCACUACCGUUGUCAACUACGAGGUUGUUCUGGCCGAUGGCACGAUUGUCCAGGCCAACACCAAGAACAACUCGGACCUGUUCUGGGCCCUGAAGGGAGGUAGCAGCAACUUCGGUAUGGUCACCCGUUUUGACAUGGAGACCAUUCCUUCUCGCAAGGUGUGGGCUGGCACUUGGACUGUCGAGGCUAAGUAUAUCGACCGCUUCCUUGCGGCUACCGCGAAAUACGCAUCCGACAUCUAUGAUGCCAAGUCCCACAUUGUGCCCGCUCUGGUUCCCGGAGACUCGACUCUGGCAUCUGUGAUCCUGUUCUACGACAGCGAUAAUGCCACCUUCCCCGAUAUCUUCAAGCCCUUCACCGACAUCCCUACUAUUGCCAGCACCAUGGCCUUCAAGACCGUUGCGGAAUUCGCCGCCGAGACUGGUGAGGAGGUCGUCGAUGGCAUCAACGAUGUCUUCGUUGCCGGAACCGUUAAGGGAACGACCUACUCUGAGCUCUACCAGGGUAUCAGCAUCAUCAACUCUACCUUCUUCAGCCAGCUCCCCAAGCUGUACGCUCAGAUCCCUACUGCCAACAUCUCCACCAUUCAGCUGGACUGGCAGCCCAUCGGCUACGACUGGAUGAAGGCCUCCGAGGCUCGUGGCGGAAACGCCCUGGGCUUGGAUUCCUCCAAGGUGUACCUCUGCUACGCUGAGGUCGUCGAGUGGAUCGGAUCGGCCUAUGAUGAUAUUGUCGCCUCGUGGGUUGAGGAGACCACCUACGCUAUCAACAAUGCCACUCAAAAGGCUGGCCUGUACGAUGCGUUCAACUACAUGGGUGACUCAGCUGGCUUCCAGUCCAUGUUCCCUGGAUACGGUGAGGGUAACCACCAGAAGUUGAUCAAGAUCGCACAGAAGUACGACCCCAACGGUGUGUUCCAGACUUUGAUGCCUGGUGGCUUCAAGGUCUACUAA